AUGGUAGACAUAAAAAAAGAAAAUAUUUCAGUGGACAAAAAGAAGAUAAAAAACAAAAUAGAUAAUGAUGAAUACAAUGCAACAUCCUUAGUAGAAAAAAUAACAGAUAACGAAGAAACAAAUAUCGACAAUACCGAGGAUGGGAAAACUGAUGAAAAUAAUAGAAAGUACGAAGAAGACUCAAACUUAGAAUCUGAUAGUGAUGAUUCAGAAAGUUUUGAAAAGUUAUUGAAAAAUGCUAAAGUAGUUAAUAUAUCAAGUUUUAAUAAAGAUGAAUUAAUUUCAGGAGAAAAGAACUCAAAAACGUUUCCAAUUGAUGAAAAAUACGUGUCUAUGGCAUUAUCUUUCAUAUACAAUUUUAUGGUUGAGCACGAAUUCGUGGAAUCACUUGAAGUGUUUGAGAAGGAAUAUGUGAAGAAGUUUGGCGAUGAUAUUAAUAAGUUGAGGAAAACACGACAUGAAGAUAUAUUUACCCAAAAUGAGCUUUUAAGAAAUGAUUUUUUGAAUCAUGAAAAAUUUACAAAAGAAAUUCAAAAUUCUCUGGAAGAUGCAAAUAAAAAAGUUCAAAAAACAAUAAAAGAAAGAGAUUACUAUUUAAUGCAUCAUAAGCGAGUUCUACAAGAAAAGGAGACUCUAAAUAAAGAAAUACAGAAACAAAAAAAGGAAAUUGAAAAAUUUCAAAAUUCAGUAGAGGAAAUAAGAACCAAAUACGAAUCUGUGCUUAAGGAAAAAAUGCUUGCUGUCCUGGAAAAAGAAAAAAGGGACACUAAAAUUGAAGGCUUAAAUAAGUAUAUCGAAAGAUUGAAAGAUUUGUUAGAAAGUAGUAAAUCAGAUUCUUCAAUAGCUAAUAUUUCCUCCAUCCACGAAAAGAGCAGUAAUAAUGUACCUCAGAAUAUUACUUCAAAACGGGAUAAAAAAGAUUUAGGAAAAAUAGACACCAAAAGAGAAGAUACUCCUUGGCCUAAUAAAGAAAGUGCCCCUUGUGAAAUGAAUGAAAAUGAAGAUAAAGAAAAUUUUAAUUUAUGUAUUUUCUCCUUAAAUAUUGAAAAAUCUUUUAAUGCUCAUAAUAAUGCAGUGUCAGGUCUUGCAUAUAAUAAUAAAGUUCAUUUGUUAGCAACUGGAGGAGAUGAUGGACAAUGGAAAACAUGGAGUGCAACAAAUUAUGAAUUAGUGAUGGCUUCACAAGCUCACAAAAAAUGGAUAGGCGAUAUUUGCUUUAAUAAGGAAGGGAAUAUUUUAUGUACUUGUAGUGGAGAUUCUAAGAUAAAAUUAUGGGAUAUGAUUAAAGAAAAAUGUGUUCAUACUUUUAAAAACUCAACAGGACCUAUAUGGAGUUUAUCAUUUCAUUAUGAAGGUGAUUUUUUUGCAUCUGCCUCUAUGGAUCAAACAAUUAGAAUAUUUGAUAUGAAUAGUUUACGACAAAGACAAAUUUUAAGAGGGCACGUUGAUAGUGUGAAUUGUGUAAAUUUUCAUCCAUUUUUUAGUACCCUCGUUAGUGCAUCUGUUGAUAAAACGGUAUCAAUCUGGGAUAUGAGAAGUGGACUGUGCGAAAAUACUUUUUAUGGACAUCAUUUUCCAUGCAGCUAUUCUAAUUUCAGCACAGAUGCAAAAUGGAUAUACUCUUGUGAUUCUGGUGGUGUUGUUAAAAUUUGGGACAUCCGAACGAAUAAAUGUCUCAUUAAUCUAGACGCAGGACCAUCAAGUGCAAAUAAAUGCCCAAUGGAUAAUAACAAUAAAUAUUUAUUUAUAGCUUCCGAAGAUCACACAAUAAAAAUAUUUGACAUUACAGAAAGGAAGUUUGUUAGGGCAUUAAAGCAUGAGUUUCCAAUAAAAAACGUUAUAUUAGAAAAUAACAAACUAUACUGUUCGUUGUCUAAUGGAAACAUUUGCGUUUGGGAACAAAUGGAGAAAUAA